GUGCGGUUCGGGUCAAAAGCUGGCUGGUAAUUUAUGUUCGGCCGUACAUCAUACGCCUGUUCACACCCACUGAGUCUUGUUAUCGAUAAAGAGAGUCUGCAGCAUUGCAAAAAGAGACUUGGUUUUGUUGGUAAAGUACACUAAUUGUAGCAAUUUCUUGCUGGUCAAAUUUAUAUUUCUUCUACAAGGGCACUAAAAAAGCUGUACAGGCAGCAGGAAGCAUAGAGAAUACGUAACACUAACAUGGAAUAUCAGACCGAUUUGGAAGUAAUUCUGGACUUUCUUGAAGAGCACUACAGGCAGGAAUCUGGAGGAAAAUCCUUUUGGCCUGAUGCAAGGGAUCUUUGUGCCAUGUCGACCACUGAAGUUGUGGACACUUCUGAGGAUAAGAUACUAACCGGAGAGCAUUCCAGCCAUGCAUUAAAAGAGGAAAAGGCCGAGCUGCAGAUUUCUGCACCUGUGGCUCAGCAGGUCAAAGCACACAGCUCUAACUCAGACCCAGACAAUGGAACAAACAACCAACUAUUAGUGUUCCACAACAAUACCAAUGGGCAGGUUAUUAACACGAUAGAGGCCCCGGAGAGACCUUUAACUCAAAAUAAGACACCUGAAAAGUCUACAAAACCAUUGGCCAGAAAUACAACUGCAGAGAAAGGGAGAAAGAUACGCCUUUUUCACUUCCUGUUUGAGGUGCUAGAGGAUCCAAAAAUGGCCCACUGUGUUUCCUGGGUACCAGCUUCGGCCGGGGUCUUUCGCUUUUCUGCCAUCCACAAGGAGCGGGUGGCGGAGCUGUGGGGGCAGACGAAAGGCAACAGAAUGCCAAUGACCUACCAAAAAAUGUCCAGAGCCCUAAGAAAUUAUGCACGCUCGGGGGAGAUCUUUAAAGUGAAAAAGAAACUUACUUAUAAGUUUAGCUUUUCUACACUUAUUACAUUAAAGAGUCAACAUGGUAUAAAGUUUGCUCCGUAUGAAUCAAAUUGACUGUUAAUAACGCUCUAUUUGUCUCCAGUGUUACGUGGUAAUCAUUUUCUACUCUAAUAACACGGUGGCUUGGUAACCAGGAGAAGGUUAAAAUUAUUUCUAUUUUUAGAUAAUGUUUAUUCCUGCUACUAAUUUGUGUUUUGCAACUAAGGAGCUAUAGUGAUGCAUUUUCAUAAAACCCCCUUGAUUAAAUAACAUUAUGUAUACUUUUGCAUGCUAUAUUUUGAUGCAUUUAGGAAGUAUGCUUUUAUAAAUAAAUGAGGCUUAAUGUUGAAUGAUAUGCAACAGUAUAUAUAGCAUUGCGCUAGCAGCGCAAAAGGUCAUGGGUUCAAACACAAAAAACACACAUAUUGAAAAAAUGUAAACCUUGUCACAGUAUGUCACUUUGGAUAAAAAAGUGCAUAAAUGUGCCGACAAAGGCAACCUAAGGAUUGACAGGAAUGAAAAAGACUGAGAGCAUGCCAGGACGUAUGAAAGAUAUAUAUAUAUAUAUAUAUAUAUAUUGCAUAUAUAGCUGCCAAUCAUCCAUACACAUCAAUGGCAUGAAGCAAAAUGAGCUUGGACAUCAAUAGUGAAGAUUUUAGUAAAAGCAUUUUGAAAAUUAUUUGCAAAAGCAUUACAUAACAUAUUUCAUAAUAAUGACAAUAUACAUAUUUUUUUGUUUGUCCUUUUUACCAACUACUGUGUUUCCGAGCUGGUACGUGAAAAAUAGCAUUC